GGACCCUGCUGGAGGUGUCCCAGGGCAGCACCGAGGACAAGGCGGCCCCAGAGAAGCCAAAGCAGAAGAAGAAUCGUUGCUUCACCUGCAGGAAGAAGAUCGGGCUGACAGGCUUCGACUGCCGCUGCGGGCAGCUCUUCUGCGCCAUUCACCGGUACUCCGACAUGCAUGCCUGCCCCUACGACUACAAGGCAGAAGCAGCCGAGAAGAUCCGUAAGGAGAACCCCGUCGUCAUCGCCGAGAAGAUCCAGAAGUUGUGA